AUGAGGCAAGUGUUAAACAGAGACCGACCACAGCUUCAAGCAGGAGCCACCACACCCGGCCAGCAUUGGGGUAUUUUAUCAAAGACGGAGGCCACAAAUGUUGAGAAAGCCUUAGUAGGUGGGAACUUGCCAGAGGUGGCCUCUGCCAUCAAGGAGACUCUGAAGAUAGUGUCCAGGACACCAGUCAACAUUGCUAUGGGGGACUCUGGCAGUGGGUUGAACACCUUCAUCAGUGCCCUUUGAAACACAGGACAUGAGGGGAAGGCCUCACCUCCUACUGGGCUGGUAAAAGCUACCCAAAGAUGUGCCCCCUAUUUCUCUUCCUACUUUUUUCCAAAUGUGGUGCUGUGGGACCUUCCUGGCACAGGGUCUGCCACCAAAACCCUGGAGGACUACCUCAUGGAAAUGCAGUUCAACCAGUAUGACUUCAUCAUGGUUGCAUCUGCACAAUUCAGCAUGAAUCAUGUGAUGCUUGCCAAAACCACUGAGGACAUGGGAAAGAAGUUCUACAUUGUCUGGACCAAGCUGGACAUGGACCUCAGCACAGGUGCCCUCCCAGAAGUGCAGCUACUGCAGAUCAGAGAAAAUGUCCUGGAAAAUCCCCAGAAGGAACAGCUGACCUGCCGUGAGACAUACCUCAAGAGUACUCCAGAGAAUUCCACAAGGCCCAGAAAUAUGUAA